AUAAUAAAUAUUAAUGAUCAAGAUACAACAUCAAUUAUUAUACCAGAAAAGACACUCUAUGGCCAUACUGCUGAAAUAACAUGUGUUUGUGUUUCAUCUGAACUUGAUCUUAUUGUUUCAGGUUCAUUAGAUGGUACUUGUAAUAUUUAUACAAUUGAACAUGGAAUUUAUGUACGUACAUUACGACCAACUGAUGCGAGUUAUGAUCCAAUUAUUAAUUUAAAAUUAUCAGAUGAACGACAUAUUCUUGUACAGACAACAAAUGAAGAUACAUAUUUAUUUUUAUAUUCAAUUAAUGGUUAUCUUAUUCGUACAAGAAAAUUUGAAUAUAAUAUUGUUGAUAUGCUUUUAACUGAUCAAUAUAUUAUACUUGCUGUUAAUCAUUAUUCAACUUCUAAAGAAAAACCGGAAUCAACACCAUCAGUUUUCGCAAGAAUUAUCAUUAAAGAUAUGUUUGAAAUGACAACAAUUCAAACUACUCGUCUUCGAACACAAAUCAAUAGUCUUUAUUUAACAAAAGAUUCAAGUCAUUUACUCGUUUCUGUUAAAGGUGGAAAAAUAUUUGUAUUAACGCCUGUAAAAAAGUAA